AUGGAAACCUCGAGCUCAAAUCCAGAAAAUAGCACGUCUCAUUUUUUCGGCUCACCAAAAAGCACAGCGGGACUCAUCAUCGAUCAGUCUCAGGAGGCAUUCGAAGACAUCGAUGGCGCAACCCUUUCUCUCAUCGACACGGUCAUCAACUGCAUCUUGAUCAACAUCGUCAGCUUCUUCGGAACCAUCGGCAACGUUCUCAACAUCAUAGUCCUUGCCAGACACGGCUUCGCGGAGAGCACGACAAUACUUCUGAUGGCGGUCUCGGUAGCGGACCUUGUUUUCGUGUUCACGCUCUUCCUCAAGCGUAUAAUCUGUGUGGUGGCUCAAAUAGAUCCGGUCACUGCCAUUAUAUUGGACGUAACAGUUACAGGGUAUUUAUGGAUAGCCAAUCGUUUUUUCGGACUAUUUUCUUCCUCUCUGGUUGUGGCCAUCUCUAUAGAAAGAUUUAUCGCUGUGUAUUUUCCAUUUAAGGUUUCAACUUUGCUUUCGCCGAGAAAUACUUUCAUUAUUGUUGGAGUUUUAGGAGUCUCCUGGGUGUUGCUUCUUGGUCCAAUCUGGGGAAUACAGGCUGUUGAAUGGAGUUUUAACCCACAAUUUAACAUGACCUUGCCUGUGAUAGUUUUCAGUCCUGAAGCUUACAAGAACUUGUAUCAAAUAUUAGCUCUGAAUUUCAUCAUAAGUGUUAUCAGAGGCCCCAUUUCGGUCGUUGUGAUUCUAGUAUGCUCCUUUGCCAUCAUCAGAAGACUCCGAAAAGCUACCCGAAAACGAAGCAAAAUGACAUCGUCAACAACUGAAGUCACAGACGUGAAAGUAGUAAAAAUGCUCCUCAUCGUUAGUCUAGUUUACGCUUCAAUUGCCUUACCAUUGGCGGCACCGUUUUUCCUUGUCUUUCUGGCUCCCAAAUUUGUCAGUAAAGGAAACAAUAAUAUGAGCAACCUUACUCUCGUGAUGGAAACCUGCAACGACUUGCUCUACGUCAUCAACGCCUCCAUUAACUUUCUCAUCUACGUCACAAUGAGCAGCAAAUUCUACAAGACAUACAUAGGGCUCUUUUCCUGCUGCAGAGGAAGAGCUAAGUUAAAGGACGGUCAACGUAUAAACCAAAUCGUCAAAUAAGCGUUCAUGUUUUGAAAGUUGGAGUCGAAGUUAUUUUCAU